AUGCUCGGCUCCCAGCGACGUCCAGGGCGCCCUGCAAAUCACCGGCCGCGACAGUCUCGGCCCAACCAGCACGACUCCCUGGACCUCCCGCCGUACGAGCCACCGAAUUGCCCUCUCACGGACGACCACAAGCGCCAGCUGCACGAUUUCUGCACGGGCCGCAUCAACGACACAUACGAGAAGCAGAUAGCCCAGUCCGCCCAGCUUCUCAGCCAGAGUGUAUACGGCAUCAACGAGCGGGUGACGAAUCGUAGGAAGACAGCCGCGCAGAAUGCAGAGAGGGCCGCCAAGAGGAAGCACGGCGGCGACGACGGGGAGGGCGACGACGAGGCCGCCGCCGCCGCCGAGAGGGCAGAGGGCGAGGUGCGGGAGCUGGAGGGGGAGGUCCUCGACCUGGCCACUCAGAUCGAGGAGGCCAUGAGGGAGGCGCUCGACAUGCAGGCUACGGUGGAGGACGAGAAGAGCACCCUGAGGGGGCUGCCCGAGCUGGUGGUGGCGCGGCAGCAGGGCGUCGUGGAGCAGGCACAGCAGGACCGGGAGGCCGACGAGGAGGACGCCGACCCUCCCGAGAUCCCCGGGGUGCCCCUAUUCGACGUCCUCAGGGAGGCGUGCGGCGCCAAGGCCGCGGAGUACGACAGGCUGAGCCCCUACGACAAGUACGCGGCCAAUAACAAGUACAUCGACUUCAGGCAGUCGUGGCACGAGGGCCUGUACCAGAACCCGGACGACAUCCCGCUCCCCGAUGCGACGAGGUGGUUCGACCGGGACGGCCGGCCCAGGCUCGAGACCCGCAGGGACGAGCAUCGGGUUGAUGCCGAUGGGGAUGAGGAUAUGGAUGGCGACGAGGACGACGACAUACAGAUUGCGCGCGAGAAGAGGAGCUUCAGGUGUCCGCUCUCGCUCGCGGUGAUACAGGAGCCGUACACGUGCAGGCUGUGCAAGCACUUCUUUGAGAAGAGCGCCAUCACGGAGUACAUCAAAGGGGGCAACGGUAGGGGCCGAGUGGCUCAGUGCCCGGUGCCUGGUUGCCACGUCGAGAAUAUGACGCUUCAGGACCUCUACUUCGACGAGGUGCUACUGCGCAGGAUCAAGCGCGCCGAGCAGGCGGAAAGGGAAGCGGAAGCGCGGUCCUCAGAUCAGGAGGAAGAGGACGACGAGACCAUAGGGGGAGACGAGGAGGGAGACUCGCGUAUCAGCCGUACCAGCCGUGCGAGCAUGGCCAAGAGGGUCAAAGCAGAGCGUCGUGGAGGCGACGAGGAUGAAGCUGAUGAUGACGGUUCAGCGUAA